AUGGCUACACCAGAUUCAUAUCGAUCAAUCUGUGAGAAAUUUUUCGUUGGAAGAUCCACUGCACUGAGAGCUGUAAGAAGAGUUGAGAAAGCUUUAGUUGACCUUGCUCCGUCUUUUAUCACCUGGCCAGAAGGUAACAGAGUCGAAGAAGUUUUCAGGGGAUUUGCAGCAACUAGUGCCUUCCCUAAUGUAAUAGGAGCGAUUGAUAGCACGCAUAUUAAUAUACGGGCACCACACAACAAUCCAGAGUGUUAUGUCAACAGAAAAGGACAUCAUUCGAUACAAUUACAGGCUGUUUGUGAUCAUGAACGACGAUUCAUCCAUUGUUUGGCAGGGCACGUCGGUUCUGUGCAUGAUCAACGUGUGUUAAGACUGUCGGAAUUGAACGAAUAUAUGGAUGAUUCACAUAAAUUUCCAUAUGACUGUCACUUAGUAGGAGAUUCCGCUUACACCAUACAUAAGCAUUUAAUGAUACCCUAUCGGGACAAUGGUCAUCGGACAGAAAAACAGAGGAAUUACAAUUUCUGUCAUGAAUCUGCGCGUAUAACCAUUGAACGAGCUUUCGGAUUAUUGAAAGGGAGAUUUCGAAGUUUACGUACUGUGCUUGAUAUGGAAAACGUAGAUCUGAUACCAGACUUCAUCAUUGCAUGUUGCGUUUCACACAAUAUAUGCUUGCUGCAAAAUGAUGAAUAUGCGAUUGAGGAUUCAAAUUGUAUAGCAGAUGAUAAUGAUAUCUAA